AUGGAUGUUACUGGAAAUAAUACUGUUUUCAAUGAACGUAUCCUGAUGCAAUUGGAAUUGAAGGAGAGUUUUAACUAUGGACUGUUCUGUCCCCCUGUUAAUGGAAAAGCAGGAAAGUUCUUGGAUGAAGAACGUCGCUUGGGUGACUACCCCUUUAGUGGCCCUGUGGGAUAUCUUGAGCUUAAAUACAAGCGCAGAGUCUACAAAAUGCUUAAUAUGGAUGAGAAACAGUUGAAAGCACUUCAUACAAGAGCAAAUUUGCGACGACUUCUUGACUAUGUUUCCAAUGGACAGGUGGAAAAGAUAACAAAAAUGUGCUCAAAGGGUUUAGAUCCUAAUUUUCAUGAUCAAGAAACUGGUGAAACUCCACUUACUCUAGCAACUGGAAUAAAAAAGCCAAGUAAGGUAUUGAUUGCCCUUGUGAAUGGCGGGGCUUUAUUGGACUAUCGCACCAAAGAUGGUUCCACAGCAAUGCAUAGAGCAGUUGAAAGAAACAGCUUGGAGGCAGUAACAACACUUUUAGAACUGGGCGCAUCACCAAAUUACAAAGAUGGGAAAGGGUUGACCCCUCUCUACUUGGCAGUCACUUGCAGAACUGAUCCUCUGCUCUGCGAAGCAUUGCUUCAUGACAGAGCAGUCAUAGGAGCCCAGGACCUUCAGGGCUGGCAGGAAGUUCACCAGGCCUGUCGAAAUGGACUAGUUCAACAUUUAGAGCAUCUGUUGUUCUACGGUGCUGAUAUGAAUGCACGUAAUGCAUCUGGUAAUACUCCACUUCAUGUCUGUGCCGUCAAUAGUCAAGAAUCUUGUGCUCGUCUCCUCCUCUUUCGAGGUUGUGAUAAGGAUGCUCUCAAUUAUGCCAAUCAGACUCCAUACCAAGUUGCUGUCAUAGCUGGUAAUCUGGAGCUGGCUGAUGUAAUUCAGCAACAUCGUCCUGAAAAUGUUGUCCCGUUCCGGGAACCCCCACGAUACAACCCCCGCCGUCGGAUGGGUGGGGGGGCACAUCACCAUUCCUCGCUGGCCAGGACUCCCUUGGACUCCCUGGGGUUGGAGUUGCCCCCCUCCCCGUCCCCCUCGAACCGCUCGCUGCCCCCCUUCAGCUCAGCGUCUUCAAGCCUGAGCGAGACAAGCAGCGGCUCAACGCAGCCCAGCGCGGAGGACAGUGCCAGUUAUGUGACAGAUAAGAGUUUGGGUGAUACUAGUGAUAUCAUCAGUGACAGCUCUGGAGUUGGUACAUCUAAUAGUGACACAACAACUGCUAGUGGUUGUGUUUUACUUCCUGGAACAACUGUAGUUUGUGUAGAAAACUACAGUUCAGGUCUUCCAGGGCACUUACGCAUCACACAAGGAGAUGUAUUAGAAGUAACUGGAAGUUCAGAUGACGGAUAUCUUGAGGGAAAUUUACGAGGACAGGGAUCUGGACUGUUCCCACCACAUUGUGUCCAGGAAGUCAGGCUUCGUCAGGGUGUGAUGCCACCUCCUGCAAUGCCCCAACUCCCUCCUGCCUCUACAUUGUGCCAUCAACGCCCAACUACUAGAGUCCAAGGUCGUCGAGAGUCAAUGCAUAAGCAUUUUGCUACUGCACCUCGCCUUAAGAAACAACUAAUGAUUGAUGCAUCUAGAUUUGGAGUUCGACGACUCCCUGCGGAACCUCGCAAUGUGGUGCUGCAUCGUGCACGUAAGGGAUUUGGUUUUGUACUUCGUGGUGCUAAAGCAACAUCUCCACUGAUGGAACUGCAACCAUCAGAAAGGUGUCCAGCUCUGCAGUAUCUAGAUGAUGUGGAUCGUGGUGGUGUAGCAGACAUUGCAGGAUUACGUAAAGGAGAUUAUCUUCUUGCUAUAAAUGGAGAAGAUGUAUCUGCAGCAUCACAUGAACAUGUGGUUGACCUGAUUCGUCGUUCUGGUGACCUAGUAUCAAUGACUGUGGUUUCUGUUGGAACCACAGGUAUUGGUUCUGUACCAAAUUCAAAGUCAUCAACUUUGCUUCCUAGUGGGACAGGAGGAACAGCAGUACAUCAGAGGCAGUAUGCCACAUUACCUCGCAAAAUGACUGGCACAGGGACUGUUGGGCGAUCUCCAGCCCCUCUUCCUCCCCGUCGAGAUCCAAAGACUACUCUCAGUGUUGGUCGUGCUCGAGCUCGAUCAAUGGUUGCAGGUUUAGAAGGUGGAGGAGAGAAGGAUGGAGAGGGAGAUGAUAUGGAUGGCAGUUUGACAGGUGGUGGUGGAACUGCGAAAAGUAGCUCAGCUGAGUCGAUUCAUCAACAGUCAAUUGCCAGUGGGGGUGGCAGCAGUACUCCUGUGCAGCCUCGUACUGCGUCUAUUCGGGCUCGUCCAACUUCAAGUCGCAUCACUGCUGCUGAAUUGGAAGAGCUUUUCCAAAGACAACAGGGAGGAGCUGCCAAUGGAUCCUCUUCAGAAAUGACAACAUCACAUUUUCAAGCUACUACGCCUGGUGGUGUAUCUCAGCCUUCAUCUCCUGCACGAACUCCUCGUGUGUAUGCAAGCGUUGCUGAAAUGAAGCGAAGCAAAGGAAAGCUGAGCACAAGAGUGAGAUUCUUUGGUGGCGGCUCCGAGUUACAUAGAGAUUUUCACAGUACUCCUGAUCUUGCUCAAAAUGCUGCAUUGACCAAUGGCACUGGCUCGCCCAAUGGAGAUUACCGUGUUCCUAAAGGACAUCGUAGCCAAGAGGAUGUGGCCUCACUGUUGGCGAGCGGUGGAGCAUCUGGCCCAGUUGUGGGUCGACCUCCUCUCCCUCCACCGUCGCAUCCUCCGCCUCCUCCUCCAGUCGGCCAGGUGGUGAAAGUAGAUGUUUCCCGUGGCAUUAUAAAAUCUAACUCUGAAUAUGUUAAUAUGACUCCGGGGACAAAACUGGAUCCUUUGCAAACCAGAGUAUCAGGUGGGAAUAGCAGUGGAAGUGGAAGCGACACUGGUUCAGCUGUCAUGUCAAGCUUCAGGCCUACAAACAGUGCCAAAUUGUAUGCUUCUCCUGAAGAUGUGAAGACAGUUGGCUACAGGUCUCAUAGUUUGCCUGCACAUUCUUCUAGACCCCAAGUUCGCAAAUCGCACAGUCUAAGAUCCUCUGCCUCUUCAUUUAAACCAGCUGGCCCAAGUUCAUCUGCUAACUCCCCACCUGCAAGUAGUAACCCUUAUGCUCAACCCUUUCGCACAAGCCGCAAAGACAGUCUUAAAUCAAGCAAGAAGCCAAACAUUACCUCUAGUUCAUCUGCUAUUAACUUAGCUAGUGGGAAUGGAAGCACUAGUGGUGGUCCACCCCCAAUUCCAGAACCAGACUACAGUUUAAGUGAAAGUGAGGGUGAUAGUGAAGGAGAGGGCAACCGAGAAGUCCCAGAAGCUGCUCCUGCUCGAGCUGAGACCAGUGGCGGCAGUUCAUCUGGUAGUUCAGGCACUCUGCCACAUAGUUUUAGUGUGGAAGAAAUACAGAAAGUGCGUACGCAGCUGAAGAGUUCAAAAAGCUACCCCAAUGAUUUUCUGGCAACUCAUCCAGCUCCCGAGGAUGGCGAUAACUCUUCAAGUGGCGUGAGUUCUGAUCAAGAUGCUCCUGUCGGCCCACCAAGUGGCUUUGACGAUGGUCGCUCGUCAGAAGGUUCAGGUGGGUCAACGGGCACGGAGGAAAGGCAGACACCUCCUCCCAACAGUAGGCAGAGGUCCUCUCAGGCCGGAGGAGGGGGUCCCUUGACGAGGAACGCUGUCUCCCUGGCUCAGCUUCCUCCACCAAUGGAAGGAGAUGGAGAGGGGGAAGGAGAGCUCGUUGUCCCUCCUCCACCAGAGUUCCUGGGUGGUGCUGCAGGUCCUAGUACUGAAGGCGAAGAGGUCCUUGCUCCACCUCCUCAGUUCAGCGAUAACCGAUUGGUCACCCGUGUACGUAUAGUAGGUGCCAUGCCAAAAUCUGGGCCAUCUAGUAAUUGUAAUCAUUUGCAUAGUCAAUGAGGAAAACAGACUGACACUUCCGAUGUGAACAGUUCUGCAUGCUGAGAAACCUUGCCUAUGCAGUGUUGUAGUGGACAUGUGAAAUAUUAAGCAUAUUUUUUGAGUGUCUGUGAUUUUAUAUUUCAAUAAGCACCUCCCUUCUGUGUUGUAUGUUGGUUAAUUGCAUUCUUCUUGUCAAUUCGUAAAAAAGAAAAACUAAAAUAGGUUAAUACAUCACUGUGACCUACCUCUUGCAUUCUGUACUUGCAAUGAGUAUCACACAGCAUCAAGUGACUUCUCAGUUUUUAAUUACUGUAAUAAUAAGGAAGAAUGUGUGUACAUGAUUACAUUUCAAAUGUGAAUGUUGAAUUUGCUCUCAAUUCUAAAGAAUGUAUAUGUAGGACUUGAUUUCUGUGCUGUGCCCCUUUCUCAGCAGCAAAGAGGAAACUUGUGAUCUUCUCUAUGGGUGCAAUAAGAAAACUCUAAGAUUCGAAAGUUAUUGUGCUCAGAGCAGUGAGAGAUAAAAGUUAAACAAUAAAUAAUGGAACUAAUAAGCUGAAAUUCUAAACAAAUAUGAUGUCUUGAGAAAUCAGCAAUACUAGCAGUAUUCAACUUUUUGUUUAUUAUAUUGAAAUAUUUAUUAUGUAAUAAUUUGCAAUUUGUGUUAAUAGAGAAAUUAAGAAUGUAAAUCUACAUUUAUUAUGUAAAUGAAUUUCUUUGUAUCAUUUGAAUUAGAGAAAGUUCAAAUGAUUAUAUAUAUUCAUGACUGAAUGAACAUGUAUUCAAUUUCCUAUUCUAGAGAAACAAAAAAAUUGAUAACAAAAUAGUAUAUUGUAGAACAAGCUGAAAUUGAACACAGUGUUGAGAAAAAUUACAAACGUUACAAAUUUACUCUUUCACACAUAUAAAACAUAUAUGUGGUGAGUUUCUUUCGUUUUAGUCAAUUCUCUAAUUUUUCGUUUGCAGUAUUUUCUCUUUGUGUGUAUAUAAGAAUAUUAAAUACAAAAUGCCUUCAACAGUAGUAUGAUGUGUGCAUUAAAUUUUGCAUGCAAUGUUUUCUUUAAAAUCUGUUUUGUAUUUUGCCUGUUAUUAUUGUUGUUUCUUAUUUGAAAAGAAAAGGCAAUGAUUUUUAUAUAGUAAAACUCUCUGUUUGUUUAAUUUUUGCUCAAUAACUCGAUUUCAUGAGAAAACAAUUGAUCAUUUCUGUCUUGAAGAAAUGUUUUUGAAUCUGAAAUCUAAUUCUGAGUCUUAGAAGAUCCAAAUAAAAAUAUUUAGAAUAAAACUGAUCACAAAAAUAAAUUGUGAAAAUUUUUAAUCUAAUGAGUAAUGGUAUUUUCACUUCUGUUGAAUGCAUUGGGAACAAUUUUAACAUUAUAAUGCACACAUCUUGGUAUGAUUUGAAUAGAAUUUUUGUAUGCUAAUGCAUUAGAAUUGAAAUAACCUGUUUCAUCUCUAGAAAUAUUCUCAAGAUACAUAUUUAUAUUGUCAAUUCAAUUAACAUUGUGUAAACGAAAACAUGCUAACCUCCCUUUACAGUUAAUGUAUCAAAAAGCAGUAUAUUAACUUACUAAGUUUAUAAUACCUUUAUAAAAUAUGAAAUCUAGUCAUUUUCAUAAUUUAUCAUAAAAUUCUGUCAAGGUGAAAUGUUAACCAAGGAUAUUUGUUUGUAAUCUCUUUAGUACAAUGGUCAGAAAAAAUUCAAAUACUAUAAAAUGGCAAGACAUUUACAGUGAAAAUAUUCUUAAGAAUACAGCAAUUUUUACUGGAAGACAUUUUAGAUCAUUGGUUAAAGAUUUCAGUGAACAAAAUGAGAUAACAAAGCGUGUCAGAAACACCCUUAACUUUCACUCCUUUUCUUGUUUCAUGCUUCACAGUUUCAUUUCUUUUAUUUCAUAGAAUAUUAUUUUUUUAUAGUACAAGCUUUCACAUGUAUUGCAACUUACACACAACUUGUUUGGUUUUUUAAAUGCAAGAGAUAUUUCGUGACUUGUAAAUUUCGCUGACAGUGGGUAAUGGAAGAAUUAUUGUUUCUUUCAUUUUUUUCUGAAAGGGUGAAGUACAAAUUAAUGUCUUUGGUUUAUUUGUAGUUUUAAUAAUUUGUAGAUCAUGGUGCAAUAUUGAAAUGGCAAUAAGGUUGCAAUUUGAUAAUGCAAAGUUGUCCUAGUAUAAUUAAGUACAAACUAUUGAGAGAAUUUGUGUUUUAUUUCCAAUUUAAAGAUGAGUUCGGCUUCUAAAGUGUUAUUUUUUGUUUCAAAGCAAAAAUUUUGAUAUGUUUAUUGAUUUUCAUAAUUUGCAAUUGUUUGCUGCCAUGGUAUGAUUGUUUCUUAAAUUAUAUAUUCAUAUAGAUCAAAUACCCAAAAUGAUAAUGAAUUCAGCAUAUCACUUAUUUAGCUAGAAUUUUUUAUUUUUUAAAGAAAUAUUAUCUUCUUUGCUGCUCAUAUAAAUGGAUAAUUCAAUUUUACUCCACAAAUGUCACUAUAAAAGUAAUUUAGAACUUACAAAACUAUAGAUGAAAACUUAAAAAGACCUGUUUUGAGUUUAAAGUCAUAUAUUUCCAGAAGCAUGCCUUGUAUAGAAUUUAUUGUUAGAAUUAUUAGCAUGUUUUCAGCAUCCAUGUAUUUGCACAUACUUAUUUUGCAGUUUUUGUAUUCAACUCUGGUUUCUAUGGAGGCUAGUGAUGAAGAAUGAAACAUUGAAGGGGAUUGUACAUAUUCCAAAGAAUACAGCAUUUUGGUGUAAUACAUUAAUGUGCAACAGUAUUACAAAGAGGAAGGAUUCCUGCCAUAUACAAAUUUAGAGAACUAGCAACUGUAAAAAAGUGCUAACUAGCUUUUAAAGAUUAAUCAUUAUCUUCGAUAAACUGUAAAAAUACUUACAAUGUAAAUAUUCAGCUAAUUUAGAACAAUUAUCAGACAUAUGGUAAUAAAAUCAUAAUUAUUUUCAUGUGCAUCAAUUAAAAUUUAAAGUGAUCACCCCAUUACUGAAUUCUUUAUGUUGUGGCAUUUGAUGAUGCAUGUCUUCUGUAAUUCACUUCUAAUGUUUGUUUGCAUUUAUGUACAUAGUUGUACUAAUUACCAAUGAAAAUUAUUUAUAAAUUUCUUUUUAAUACAAGAUCUGUGACAUUGAAAAGUAAAAUGUGUAAAUUAUUGGAUGUUCUGGAAUACUGUUUUUUAAGGCUCUUAUUAUGAAAAUAGUGUGAUGUCGAACUUUAUUUUAACAUCAGUGUCUCAUGUUGCCCAAGUGUAAAAUAUUUGCUGAACCUUGAAGCAUUAAUAAAUAUGGAAAUCAUUUUAGUAAAGAUCAUUAUAACUCCAUGUAAAAUAGAGAGUCACUUCUUGUUUGUGUAAUUGAAAUAAAAUUCUCAGUAGGUCAUUUUUCGUGCGUUUCUCUAAGCAAGUUCAGAGAACCUUUUCAUCAUAUUAUAGAGUGCUUCUUGGCCUUAUUUGUAUAUUUUUCUCAAAGGAUGGUCUUUCUGAAUCAAGGCUGGAGAAGUAAAAUGGUGACCAACAGUACUGGAAAGUUCAAGAAUCAUGAAAAAGUCAAGACAUUUUGUUAAUUGUCAAAGCUAUUUUAUGAACAAUUUUGGCAUCCCAUUCAUUUUCUUCCUCUUUUGACCAUGUCCAUGUCUAAUUGAUAUAAGUAUGAAAUGAUAUAUGUAUGAUGAGUAUUAUUUGCAUCACUAGAGUUAAAUGGUCAUUGUUAAAUAUAAGAAAAGUGAAUUAAGACACAAAAUUUCAUAACCAAACUACAUACAGUAAGCCUUAAUUAUUAGGAUAUCAAAUAUUUUUGUGUUGAAGAUACCAGGAAAAGUCAACAGAUCAUUAAUAUCAUUGUUAGUGGGAAGUUUCCUAUGUAUUCUCAAGGAGUAAUGUAAGUGGCAUGGAUUCACACAUUAUAGGUACACUAAGACCCCUUCCUCAAGUGCAGCCAAACCAUACUUUGGGAGCCAAUUCACACUGUGUGUAUCUUGAAUGAGAGGGGAAAUGAAAUUUGAGGUACAGAAUUAAAUUAUGCUUUUAAUUGAAAUAGACAAGAACAUAUCUUGGGGCAAAAUGUUAAAAAUUAGUUUGUAUGUAUAUAUGAUUUUUGUUACAAGGGCCAUUAUACUCCCAUCAUUAAACAUUUAAAUGUGCACAUAUGAGGACUGAGGCACCCUCACAAAUUGAAAAGGAGCCCUUCCUUACAUAUUUAAAUAUCAAGCCUUGCAUAAUGCAAUAUUUUAUUUCCUUACACAAGUUUAAUCCAUGAUUUUCCGGUUUUUAACCUGACAAUUUGGGGAAGAGGCUCGCUAAGCAAUCAGCCAACCCUGUAAAUAAUUAAACAUAAUCAAUCGCAUUUAUUAAUUGUCAUUAAAAUUAUAAUUUCUUUAUCCUUGUACAUUUUAUUAGUAUACUACAUUAAAUUUAAAAAAUUUCC